AUGCGCGCCGCCGCCGCGCGCCGCGUCGUCCCGACGAACGUGACGACCGCCCGUCGACCGGUGCGCGAGACCGAGCGAGCGAUCGCCCGCGCCCUCGCGUCGUGCGCGGUGAGUCUGUGCGUGACGUUGGCGCCGAUGGAAGCUUUCGCCGCGCCCGGGUCCAAGCCCGCGCCGUUGUUCGCGGAGGGUGGUCAAGCCGCGUGCACCAACGCCGCGCUCGACGCGUUCGCGGACGUUCGAGCGAAGUUCUCCUUGGAGGUGAGCACGGGAGCGCUCCCGGAGGCGGUGUUGACGCUGAGCGGGUGCGAUUACAGCGAGAGAGACCUGCACGGGAAGGUUUUGAGCGGAACCGUCAUGGACGAAGCGUCGUUCGAGAAGAGCGAUCUGUCGGCGACGGAGAUGUCCAGGGCGUCGGUGCGAAACGCAAACUUGCGAGGAGCGGAUUUGAGGUCGGCGAACUGCUACGAGGCGCGAUUCGAUGGGAGCGACCUGAGAGGGGUGAACUUUGAGAAUGCGUUGUUGUCCAACGCGACGUUUGGAAAGAGCAAGGGGCAGUGGGCCGACGUUGCGGGAGCGAAUUUCGAGGGCGCGCUGGUGUCGAGCAGCGAUGCGAGGAAGCUUUGUGAUAAUCCGACGUUGGAUUUGGAGGGGGAGAUCGCGAUCGGUGGAUGUAGAUGA